AGACAGAGAAAGGGACGGGCAGCCGCAGAGGGCGAGGGCUGAAACCGUCUGCCUGGUGCCCAACGCCCCGCGCCCCCCACUACUACUUCCAGCAGCGCCACCUCCAGUCCAGUCGUCCUCCGCUCCACCUGCCCCCCCUCCCAAGUCCGGCGAGGAGAACCAACCGACAGACCAACCAGCCAAUCCGUCGUCGCUGUCGCCCGCCCGAUGGACGGUAGCCGCCGGAGCCCCCGGAUCCAAUCCACGGCCCUCGCCGCGGGCGCGGGGAUGGAUUACGACCUCGCCAUUGGUGAUCAGGGUGAGUUGUGGGAAUGGCAAAGUCAGGAGUAUGAUCUGCAGAAUGAUCUGUUAGCUGAUCCAUGUAGCAGCUUGUGGGCUGAAACAAGCAACAAUGUGGGUGACGAAUGGAGCAUGUUCGAUGAGCAAACACCAAUUAAACAUUGUACAGACUUCGAAUUUCAGUUCUGUGAUAUAGGGGAAAUCAUUGUCAAGGACUUUGAAGAAGGGAAAGAAACUUCACAGGCAAAACGCAGACGCAUGCUGCAGUUCUGUCCAGAAAAUGCUGAGAUGACAUGUUCUAUGACUGAAGAUGGCCUUUCCGAAAGUCUUCAAGAGAUGGAUUUUUCAGGUACCGACUGUUUGCUGAACUCGGAUGGGAUUGAUGAACUGCCAGAAGAAUGGCUAGUUGAUUGCUCACAAGAUAUACCUUGUUUACCUGCAGAAGAAAUGAAUAGCCCUGCUGCUGCCACGGAAAAAGCUGUCGAUAUCUCUGUGCAUUCGAAUUCUUCGCCUCGCCAACAGUCCAUCGUAGUCCAGAACAAUCUUGCACAAGCUAGAUCUACACCACUGAAAGCUGGCAAAAACAUUAUCGGAUCAAAGAAGGUGAGAGCAGCUGUGGCCUUCCCGUUCGAGCUUAUCAAGCCUUGCAGCUUCAGUGGAGACAUCACCUUGAACGACAUAAACAAGAAGCUCCAUGCUCCGCCGCCGUACAAGAUCAGGCACAAGAGCAAUGAGGAGCCCAACUCACUCCAAGCCUCGGCUAUGACGGGGAAACCUGUGGUCCACAAGACCAAGAUCCACACCGAGGGGGGAAGGGGGAGCAUAACGAUAACCAGAACCAGAGGUUAAGCUAACCAUUUGUGAUGCGAGCACAGUGGCUAUGCUAACAUUCGCCUUUGCAUUUCUGGCGCUCUGGGUUCGUCCCCAAUUGGUUUUGUGGCCGGAGAGAUGCAUGACCUUAGUAGAGUGCUUGUAGCAUUUCUGUGCUUGCUGUUUAUGGGAUAGAUGUUAGGUAGUUGGGUGUUCGUUCACGCUUGUAGGGGUGUCGCGGCUGUGCUUGUUUUUCCGUUGUUGGAAAGGUGAAGUAGUUGAUUUAGUUUGAUUAAUACGGACAUAUUGAUUUGGUGAGGUUAUGUAAAUCUGCGAGAUGUGGGCUUGACGACCAGAAACUUGGUUUGCUAUCUGGUUGGUUUUUGCCUGAACUGUUCUGAAACUAUAAUAGACCUGAAGCCCAACUGCAGA